AUGGCACUACCAUCGCCGAUGCGCACGCGACAACUCACGUGGAUCGUGGAAAUAGGAGAUGCACCGCCGUACAGAACCGGCCCGUAUGAAGUACACUUAAAUCAUAGCAAAUACGAACGAGAGGACGUACAAAAGAAAACAUUCGCAAAAUGGAUAAACUCGCAGUUGGCUAAGUCUGGCAAGCCGCUUGUGGAAGACCUUUUUCAAGAUCUGCGCGAUGGGGAAGUGCUUUUGUCGCUACUCGAGAUCCUCACCGCGCAACAAUUUAAACGCGAACGCGGGCGCAUGCGUGUCCAUCACUUGAACAAUGUGAAUGCGGCGUUGCACGCGCUAGCCGCGGCCGGCGUGCGUCUCGUCAAUAUAAACAGCGGCGAUAUUGUUGAUGGCAACCCGAAGCUUAUACUUGGUCUAGUAUGGAGUAUAAUUUUGCAUUGGCAAGUACAUUAUCACCUAAAGGAGCUUAUGCCUGAAGUUCAGCAAACUAACCUCGAGAAGGCAUUGUUGGGUUGGUGCAGGACUCAUACACAGAACUACACUGGAGUCAGAAUAGAGAACUUCACUUCGUCGUGGUCGGACGGUCUCGCGUUCAACGCCUUACUGCACCACUUUAGGCCGCAGCUAUUCGACUUCACGACGCUACUACGACUGACGCCCGCCCAGAGAUUGGAACAUGCGUUUGCGCUUGCGCAGAGGCAUAUGAAUAUUGAUCGAUUGUUGGAUCCUGAAGAUGUAAAUACCCCAAAUCCAGACAAGAAGUCCAUAAUGAUGUAUGUCAUGUGCCUGUUUCAACUGUUGACUAACACCAAUGAGCCAGUUAGUACGGAGCAAGAGAAUUUCGACCAAGUAGCCCUUUCAGAAAUGGAUGAGCCCACCAGUCCUACCGAAGGGCCUGAGAUCCAAGGCACCGGCAGCGCGGCCGCGUCCCGGCCGGUCUCAAUAUCGACCACUUGCUCAGUAGAGCUCGGUGCGUACGGAGCGGCCCUAGAAGACGCCCUAGCGGCACUCCUGGAUGGAGAGGAGCGGUUGAAUGCUACCCCCUUGCCAGAGGAGGGCGGUGUUGACGGACCGGGGGUGUAUCUGGCUGCUUUGAAAGAACACUUCCAUUCACAUGAGAAAUUCCUACUGGAGCUCUCAGAACAGCAAUGUCGCGUCGGGGCGGUGUUGGAAGAGGGCGCGAGACUUGUUCGCGACCAAGCUCUGUCACGAGAUGAGGCUAACGAAGUGCGUCUCCAAAUGCGACUUCUAAACCAGCGCUGGGAGCAGCUGCGCCUCGGCGCCAUGGACAAGCAGGCGCGCGUGCACCGCGCGCUCAUGCGCGCGCAGCACCACCAGCUGCAGGAUUUCAGACAAUGGUUAACAUCUACGGAAGACCGCAUGUCGCACAUGGAGUCUGCGAACGAGGAUCCGUCCAAAGCUCUAGAAAGUACUAAGGCCUUGCACAGUGACUUGCGUCGACAGCAGCCCUUAGUGGACGCGUUGGCGGACUGCGUGCUAGUUGUUGAUGAUGAUGAUGCUCAGGAUGCGAGUGUAUCGGAAAUAGAGGACCAGCUCCGUGCACUCGGAGAGAGGUGGUCUCACGCGUGCCAGUGGACGCUGUCGCGCCUCGAGCGCCUGCAGCGCUGCGCGGCGCUACAGCAGCAGCAGCUCCAGCUCACGGCUGAUAUACACCAGGUGGAGGUGGACUUGAAGCAGAUGGAAGCGUAUCCAGCCAGCGAAAUAGGCGAGGUCUUAGAGCGGAUAUCCGCUUUACAGCGCUGCAGCGCUGCACUCACGGCGCACAGACGCGGGCUCGCGGCGCUGCUGCAGCGGCUGCAAGCGGCUGACGGCGCUGAGCAGCUGGUGGAUACGGCCGAUGAAUUACACGACAGAUUGGACGCUUUGGAGUUGAUACUGCGUGUGCAGGGUGACAGGAUCAAAGAGCUGGGCUUCGAAUUUGACGUAACAACAUCAGAAACGACCACUGGCGAAUCAACGACCCUCACAACAGUCACAACACUAGAACUAGACCAUCGAAAUAAGAAACCUAGGCUCAGUGAUAAGUCUAGUGCGGACUUCCAAGUCGGGUACAAAGUGUUUGAUAACUGGGCUGAGGCUACGGAGAAGGCUUUAAAUGAAUGUCUGCAAUCGCUAAGCUCAGGCUCGAGUCCGGCGGCGCGCUCGGCGGCGCGCGCGCGCCUGCAGCGCGUGCAGCGCGAGAGCGAGGAGCAGCGCGCCGACUUCGCCAACGUCGAGGAGAUACAGCGGCGCCUGGCGGCCGACUCCGAGCUCAGAGAAGAGGCAAAAUUACACGCGAACAGUAUCGAAGAACUAAAGAAACGAUGGGAAGGCAUACAGAAGACACUCCUCGAUAUACGAAACAUGCUGAAUUUACUCGAAGAUAAAGAAAACUUCUAUAAAAACUUAAAUGCAAUACAACAAGAAGUCGACGACGUUCACACGUGGAAAGACAAAAUGCUCAAAGAACCAGCAACAAACAAUCAAUUAAUUCAUCUAAGAAAUAAAAUACGUGCAGUCAAACAAUUAGAAAUGAAACUUAAAGAAUUAAACGCACAAUCGAUUAUAUUGCUCACGAAAUCGAUAUCGAAAUCGCAUAAAGAUGAAAUCGAGAGAGAUACGAAACGAAUUAACGAAGCUUUCGAAGAACUUAUUUUGUACUUAACUAAAAGGGAGGUUGAAAUAAAAAUAGCACUGAACAAGAAAAUACCGACCUUACAAAAUGAAGGGGAGUUUAAAGCGGUCCAGAAGAAAAUAGAAGAUAUGGAGUCACAAAUUAUCUCAGAACAUGCAAUAAUAUCCUCAAAAGAAAGAAUGAAUGAGAAAUUAGAGGAACUACAGCAAAUGAGACAACAGUUUGAUGAUUUACAAUCGUCAUAUGAUACAGUUGUGAAGGAAAAACGUGAAAAGUAUGAAAAAGGUAGCGUUCAAGAGUUGAAUUUGAGAAGUAGUGUCGAAAAUCUGGUCAUGAGGUUCUCUGAUUCGAAAACUAUUUUGGAGCAAAAGAUAACUAAGCUCGAGAAAGGUAUUGAACUAGUAGACAAGCUAGAAAGUGAACAACGUGAACUGAGUCAAUGGUUAGAUUCUGUACAAACGUUUGUUGAGAAAAACACUUCUGUACCACUCGGCGAUGUGCAAGAGUUGGAAAAGUUGUUGGAGACUAGCAAUAAAUUUGACGAAGAGAAAUCUGAGUAUAAAUCGAAACUAGAAAGUAUUGAAGCGACCAAAGAAACUAUAUUAGAAGAUUGCGACGAUGUUCUAUCCAAAACAAUCAAAUCUGACAAAGAUCUUACCAAAAGAUUUGAUACAAUCACAGAUUCGUCGUUAAAACUCAACGAGAAUUUACGAAGAGCGCUAGAAAGAACAGAGAAUUUGAUCCGACGAAUAGAUGAAAUGGAAGAGUGGUUAGUCAAAAUAGACGAAGAAAUGCCAAAAGAAGAUGAAUGUAAUAUAACGGAUUCGGCAGAAUUGUACCAGAUGAAGACUAGAUUCCAAGCUCUAAAGGACAAGUGCGAUGAAAAAACACCUGAGUUUAGGAAUUUGAAUGAGGAUGGUAAUGAAGCUCUUCUAGCAGCGGAGCGCGCGCCCGCGCUCGCCAAGCGCCUGACGCAGCUCAACGCGAGCUGGACGCGCUCCACACACGCUGUGUACGAGAGAUAUAAGGUGCUGGCGGAGGCGUGGCACGAGUCGGGCGAGCUGCGCGCGGCGCUGGCGCAGCAGGCGGCGUGGCUGGACGGGCUGCGGCGCCGCCUCGCGCGCCCGCGACCGGCGCGCGCCGACGCAGAGGACAUCUCCGACGAGCUAUAUGAUCUAGAGAACUACGUGUCAAACAGAAACGAGGAGCGCAUGAACCGCAUCGAGGCGGUCGGCCGCCAGCUCGCCGACGCCCACAUCAUGCCCAACUGGAUACAGGCGGAGAUAGACGCGCUCGCCCAGCGCUGGGAAACCUUGCAGCAACAGGCGGCGGCGCGCACGCGAGAGCUGGAGGCGGCGGCGCGCGAGGCCGCGCGCUGCGAGGUGUCUCUGGACAACCUGCAGCAGUGGCUGCUCAACCUGCGCCAGCGCACUCUGCUGGCCGAGACCAUUGAUAAGACACAGUUGGCAGCAGAGUUCGUAGCUCAACGUGGCGUACUGAAGGAGGUGGAGGAACAGGUCCAAGCGUACCGCGAAGCCGGCAAGGUGGAGGCCGCGGACCGCUUGCGGGAUCAGUUGCAGCUGGCUGAACACAACCUAAACAAAGCGGAGGAGCAAUAUCUAGAGCACCAAACGGAGACACAAGAAGAGCAGAAAGAGACGGAAGAAGAGGAAACGGACGGAUGUAAGAUAGCGUCCCGGCUAGAGCGCGCGAGCGCGGCGCUGCGGGAGGUGCAGGCGGCGGCGCGCGCGCUGCGCCUGCGCGAGGUGGAGCCGGACGCCGUGCGCGCGCAGCUGCGGGCGUGCCUGAGGUUCUAUCGCACGCUUAGCGAGAUUAAAUCCGAAGUAGAGUCGAUAAUAAAAACUGGACGGAAGAUGGUAGAAGAAAAGUCUGUGCCGGAACCACAAGAGUUCUCCAAGAAAAUUGAUAUGCUCAAAGAGCUUUAUAACAAGCUUGGUGCUCACGUAACCGAAUCCAAGACCAAGUUAGAGACUGCGUUGUUAACAGCUCGCGAAAUACAAAAUGACUUACAGUCGCUAACAUCUUGGCUUCAAGGGUUAGGAAAUGUCGGAAAACAGUCGUUAGAGUUAGAAAUGUCUCGAAUGGAAGCGAUUAAAGACAAACUGAACGCAAAUUACAUGGAGUUCGCUAAAAACUGCGAUCCCGUGUAUUUAGAAAAUCUUCGGGAGCAAAUCAAUGAUAUCAACUCUCGUUGGGACAAUCUUAAACGGCACGGACUAGAAAAGAAGGAAACGGAGGUGGAAACUCUACAAAGAUAUUUGAACGAUAUCGAUCAAGAAAUGGAAAGUCCUGAAACAAUGUCGCACGCCAAACUUAGGCUGUUGAAAACUGAAAUUCGCGCUAAAGCUAGUGAAGUGGAAGCGAUGGAUAAUAAAGCCUUGUUAAAACAGUGGGAGAGGAUUUUGGAGAAAAUAACCGCCGCUACCAAUACAGAUGACAAAGACAACAUUGUAGUCGAAUACGAAAAUGUAACCGACACUAUCAAACGACGAUUAGAAAGUCCAGUUAAUUCACCCGAUACUGAAAAGCCUGAAUUCAAAAAGUCUAAAAUACCCCUGGCAUUAAAAAGCCCUGCACCGUUAAAGAAAGAGAUUAAAGAAAGUGGUAAUAGAAGCAGGGGAUCUUCGUUAGAGAGACGAAAAAAGAAAGCUGACAGUCCGAUGACUGAUAGUAUUUCGAGUACAAUGUCAACUGAUUCUAUCGAAGGUUCUAUUUCUAUCAUGGGAUCUUUACCUUCAACGCCUGAAACUCCUCGCAAGGAUAGUAGCACCUUCAAUCUUUUACAAGACAGUGACCUAUUUACUCAAAUAUCUAAAAACAAAAUCGAACCUAAAUCACCUGUUCCUCAAGCUAAGACACCAAAGUCUGAUCCUUGUCACGUAGUGGCAGUUAAGGAACAUGAAAUUGUCAAGUCAACUGUCAGUCCCGUAGAACCAAUGGAAAUAUAUCCAUCAGAUACAGUAGAAACUGUUGUAGAAUUCAUUCCUCAGACUGUUGAAACUGUUGAAAUUAUAUACGAUACAGAAGGCGAAUCUAUAGGAGAGUCUGACGAAGAAAAGCAAGAUUCGAGACGACAAUCAGUUGAUUUAGGUUCAGAACCAAAAACAUUUGUCAUAGAAGUAAAAACGUUUGAACAAAGAAUGAAACCAACACUAGGGAUAUUGAAACGAAGACAUGGUUCGGAGGAAGACAGACCUAAAGUAAUGAAAGUCACUAUGGAUGUACCAGAUCUGAUACCAGAAAAAGAUCAAGAUGUUUCAAUGAGUACACCGCCACCUACACCUUUAGAUGGGGCAAAAGGGAUGGAGUGUCCUUUGUUAUAUGACUUAGCAGUACGACAAAAGGUCACUCAGAAUUUGAUGACUGAUGAACUAAACGAAUACUUGAUCUUAGACGAUGUGCCAAAAGAACAAGCUGCGUUGCCGGAAGCGUCUGCAACAGAAUCUCUGGCUACUGAUAAUCCCGUAGAAUUGAAAGAAGACAAGGUGCUAGAUACAAUCAAAGAAGAAAUAAAGGAGCCAUCGACAGAAACAUUGCAAAGUAAAUCUCCGACAAGUGAUGUGGACGAAGCUAUAUAUUCUGAAGUUGAAGAAAUGCCACAGGUACGUCUCUCUUCAUCAGAAUUUGAUGUAAAAGAACCACUGUCGACAUCAACACCAAUAAAGGAAGAUAAGAAUAAAAAACAAGUCCAGGUAGUCGCGAUGUCGCCCAAAUCGCAAGAUGAAGAACACGAGACUCCGUCUCCGAAGCCAAAGACUUUAUCUAGUCCAUUAUUCAGUUUUAAAUUGCAAAACUUCAAAGAAACGAAAACGUUGAAUGAAAAGUAUCAACGCACUGAUGAUUAUGCUCAAGUAUCAGAAAUAACGGAAAGUUCUCCCGAACUCGAAGAAACGAACGAAUCAAUCGAAUCGACCAUACAAUCUGAACUCAAAAGUAGAUUCCCCAAGGCAUGUGAUAAAGAGUUGGAACAGUUUGAAAUGGAAGCAGAGCGUAUGGCGAGGAGGAUGCAUGUGAUGCUGUUGACUGUUGGUGGGGUUGCUAGUGAGAGGGACCCGGCUAAGCGAUUGGAGAUACUCAAAAACCAAUUAGGCGCCGUCGCGCCAGACGCAGCCGCGCUCAUAUCUAGAGGCGACAGCUUAGUUUAUGCCAAACACAAAGACAAUCCCCAAUUAGCAGACUAUUUACAAACUCAUUUCCAAGACAAACUACGCACAAAAUGGUCCAUAGUUAUGUCUGAAAUCGAAACGAAACGAAACGCGGCAUUAAAAGCCGAAGACGAUAUAAAAGAAUUGAACACAUUAAUCGAUAGUAUGCAGAAGUGGAGUAUGGAUAUCGAAGCGAAGAUCAAAAAUGGUGGAGAUAAAAUGAAAGAAGAGUUAAUUGAUAGAGAGAACGAUGUGGAGAGGAUUCAAGAUUUGUGUAGAGAAUUGAGAGUUCAAAGGGUCGCGUUCCCAGAAAAAACAGCAAAUGAUGUCGCAGCCAUGUUUAAUAGGAUUCGUGAUGCGUAUGAAGCUAGCAUACCUAAGAAGGAUAGGAAGAAGAUGCAAGAGAGCACGGAGGCCCGCAACGAGUUCGUCACGCGAGCGAACAGAGCGCGCGAGGCCGUGGCCACCAUCCACUCGUUGCUGCGGUCGCCGCCGCUUAACGCGCGCGACUACGACGAGUUUCCUAUGCAGGAAGAUGCGCUGGCGAAAAUAAAAUCGUCAAUGGACGAAGUACAAUCAACAGUGGAGGAAAUAGAAAACUCAUACACCUGGGCGUCUCGCAAGACUUCUAGUGAGCAAGUGAAGCGCGUGAGAGAUAAACUACGGACAGAAUGGACAGCCCUUCUGGAUUCAUAUAAAGAAAGACAUCAAAGAUGGUCCCGCUGCCAGGCGUCAUGGACUGCGCUGUAUGCGUCGUUGGAGAAUGGCGGCGAAGCUCUAGAUCAUCUCGAAAAAUUAAUAGAAAGUAUGGAAAAUGAGAAGGUCACUACACAGCAGUUGGAUGAAUUAGAGAACAUGAUGCGUGCGCGCCAGCGCGAGGCCAACGAGUUGUGCGCGGCGGGGCGCGGCGUGCUGCGCGCGUGCGGCGGCGCCCUGGCGCGGGCGGUGCGCGCGCAGCUCGACGCGCACGCGCUGCGCCUGCGCCGCCUGCAGCUGCGGCAGCGGCGCCUGCUCUCACUACCGGAAUCAGAAAAACCAAGCCCCAUGCCGCCCGGCGCGGCCCCGGCGGAGGCGGCGCUGCGCGGCGUGCGCGAGCUGCUGCUCACCACCAGCGCCAACCCCUCGGACCACACCAGUCUUGCCAUACGUCUUAGCCUUGUUAAGGCACGUGAAGAAGAGCUAGGUCGGGCGGCGCGCGAGGCUGAAACGCAGAUACGCGCUAUCGACACAGACUCGACGGAUGCGAAUCAUUUACGCUCAGUAAGAGACGAAUUGGAAAAGGCCCAAUCUAAUCUAUCGGCUCACGGUGAAUACGUGAAGAGCAAAUUGACCGCGCUAGGUAAAUACACGACGCGUCUCGACGCCGCCCUCGCCUGGGCGAUGGAGACGCGCGCGAGGCUGGCCCUGGCCGAUGAGGUGCCCCCAGCUACUGCACAGGAUUUGGAUACCAUCAUUAAGGACAAACAGACGGAAAUACACGAAGUGCUCGAAAACUACAACAACAUCGAACGAGAAUGUGUGGCCGCAAAACAGACCGUUUCACCCGAAGUGAAGGAACGGGUGUUAAAAUUGAAGGAAGAUUGGUCAUUUAUUAAGGAGAAUUCCAAAAAAGACAUUGCCCCAGUUCGGGCGCCAUCUAAUUCUAAUAGAGCGUCCAGUGAAAGGUCCGAGAGCGAAAAGUCAGCAGAUUCACAAUUGGGUAAGUUUUUAUUGCGUGUGGGAGUCACU